ACGGUUGAACUGACCGUACUGAGUCGACGGGACGAUCCCUUCCACCACCAGGCGAAAUCGCGGGAUAACGUAUCACCGGAAAUUCUCACCGUAGACACGCGCCAUAAAUCUCUGCCUUCCCGUUUGUCUCACACGCUCUUUCUUACCCACAACCUCUGUGACCACUCCAGUCUCUCUACGCACCUCAACCCAAUCGUCCGCCGCCUCCUCGGCAGCUCAACGCUCACCAUGACGACCAAUCCCGGAAUCUCUCCCUUGAUCCAACAAAUCAUCAGCACUGUCAAAUACCGCUUUGGCAAGCACAUUAAUCUUGACGAAGAGCGCCUUCUCGAGCUCGCGGAGAAGAUCGACUUCAUCAUCCGCUCCAAGCAUAUCGCCACUAGCGUUACUUCCGGGCAGGCAAACUCCGACGUCCCAAUGGUCACUGUGUUCAUCGUCCCUACGGCCGACUCUAUUGAUCACCGAGCUGCCCUAGUUUAUAACACUAAGCCUGUUGUACAAACCGUUGUGGGCCGGACAUCGAUGGGAUCCAAGGGAUAUGAGCAACUCUUCCACAGUUUCUGCAGGGAAGUGGAUCGGGUGACAGACGAUAUUCUCACUGGCAAAACGACCGGGCUUGCAAAUGCACAGCCUUCAAACCACUGUCUUGCCCCUGCACAAUAUACGCAUGGCGAACUAGUAGAAAAGUCGAACACUAUCUUCUAUUGCUGCGGAUAA